AUGGCUUCCAUCCAAACGCUGCCGGCAGAGCUGAUUAACGAGAUCACAAGCCAUUUGCGACCCCACGAUCUCACGCGCUUCGCCCGAGUAUCUAAGCAGUUUCGCGAGUUCGCCCAAUCCACGCUCUGGCGGAGCAUCGAACUUCACCGCAAAGACGCUCACCAUGGAGGGUUCGGCUUGACCAUACAGCAAACCAUUCCACGAAUGUAUCUGGACGAUGUGCUUCGCGGAUCUUGGUCGUACAGGUCAUUCAACGGCGACGACCCUGAAUUUGAUCGUCGCAACGCUAAAUUCGGUACCGCAAUCAGAACGCUGUAUCGCACGGCGGGCAAGUCCCACGCUUGGAUGAGGCUCUCAGGGUGGGUGCGCCACUUGUGUUUGACCGUCGGCCACAAAACACCAGGUUCGAUCUGGAACGCAAUCCUUUCUCUUCCAACCCUUGGAGCCGUGGAAGUUAUCGGAGAGUAUAGCCUCGACUCGCAUUUCCAAUGGAAGGGCCCACCGAAAGCCGCAGCCCUCCGACAGCCCUCUGCAAGCAAGAUUCGGAACGUGAGGCUGCGAGGAUAUAUUCCGUCCAAUUUCGUCUCUAUGGUCUGCAAGGCCUCAGCUAAAAGCAUCGUCAGCCUGGACCUCGGAAUGAUCGAAGAGCCAAAUGUCUGGGAGGGCGACCUGGAGGACAUGGAGCUACAGGAGGAAUUAGGGUACCCACUGUUCGCGGCGCCUCGGGGUGUCUUAUGGUUUCCGCUGGACUCUGCUCCUCUGCUUCCAUCGGUGACCCACUUGCUUCUCUGCAAGCGGGGCCACUACGACCCUAUCCCGGAAAUGUCUGAGCCGGAGGACCUGGAGUACCGUGAGGACGAGAGUUACGAAAUCCAUGAGCUGAAGCAUUGGGCAGUCCUGCUUAAGUCCGUCCGCUCAACUGUCGUCGAAGUCGUGCUCGAACAGCGCCCAGUGAUGCUGGAAUACAUCCUAGACCCUGAGUACGAGCUAUCGCCUCAUGACCAUGUCUUCUUCGACCCCGAAUGUCUGGAGAAUACUCUUUUCUGGCAGCAUGUCGUCAGAUCUGUUUUUGAUGACGGGGCCGGCUGGCCGAAAUUGGCUCGAUUGAUCUUUCGUGGAGUGGAUGAGCGGGGGUUUGAGCAGGGGUUAGGUGAAAGCCUACAGGCCUUUGCCUCGAGAGUGUUACCCGGAGUGCAGGUGGAUGUGGUACGUGGUACCCAUAUGUUCUUCAGUACGAGACAUGGGACGAUCAGCAACCGGCAUGGAGCCGAUGGGCUGAAGCCGCACCUCGAUCCUACGGAGGACCCUAAUGUGGAUUUCUUUGGUGGCCUGUUUCUAUGA